AUGGGAAACACACAGUCGGCGGCGCCCGAGUCUGAGCGACCAGACGCGAUCGAUCGGCGCGCUCGUAGGACGCGCGAGGUCGAAGCGAGGGUCACCAAGCACCGUCCGGGGCAUCUAUACUCGCACUCAAUUGGCAUCUACCCCGAGCCGGAGGGCGCCUCGGGCGGCGCCAGCUCGAAAGGAGAUGAGACCGGUGAUCCUCGACCGUACGCAAUCGUGGCAGCGAGCUCCUUUGGACGGUACGGGAGCAGCGACGUGAGCUUGCGGAAUCACUCUGACCAGGAAUCGCAGGCAGGCAGCGAUACCACACUGAUCGACACAGGCUCGGAGCGCAGUGACUCGAUCCACAUCCUGCAGAACAACGAAGUGAUAACUAGCCCGGACCUAGAAGUUAAAAGCGCGAGCCCUUCGCAUCCAGGUACACAUACCACGCCACGCCCCUGUCACACAGAAAUGGCGCGCACGCCUCGUGCGCCCUCGAAGUAUGAGCUGCCAGGCGCCGCUAUGCUAUCGUCGCACCGUGCGUCGCUCAUCCUUAACGAAGACGCACUAAUGAGUCUUUCUGAGUCGCCGCCGCAGAUGAAGUCAGUCAGGGCCCAGGAAGAAGAGAAGGGGAAGCCGCAGGGGCACACCAAAAUCGCGUCAUUGCCGUCGUACCUCAAGAUUCCCACGGCGAUUCCGCGGGCGCACACAUCGGCCAAAAUCAAGCUUUCCACCGGCACAUCACUCCUGGAUGUCUCCGACAUGUCAUCGUCUAGCCGGGUACACACGGAUGCGCCGUCAAAGGAGGGGUCGCCGAAGCGCUUGACUCGUACACAGACGGCGCCGCUCCUCUUAUCGCCCAUGACGAUCGAGACCAAUACCGUGGAACAGGACCAGGCACAUGAUAUGCUAACCGUCGAAGAGCCGUUGCCAUUCACAGAGGAAAAGCCGCUGACCCCUGUCCAUCUCGUCUGGCGCGGACGUGGACGUCACGUCUAUGUCACGGGCACCUUUGCCGACGAGUGGCAAAGCAAAAUUGCUCUGCGCCAGCUGCGUCCUGGCACGCCGUUCCUGUGCACGUUGUAUUUGCCUCCUGGCACGCAUCGCCUCAAGUUUGUGGUCGACAAUCGGUGGCGCAUCUCGCCGGACCUGAAUACGGCCACGGACGGCGACGGUACCCUGGUAAAUUACGUUGAGAUUCCAAACCUCCUGGAACAGACGAACGAGGCGGAGCUGCCCGGGCCGAUUGAACGCGACGAGGCAUGGGCCAAGGCCAUGGCCGAUAUCAAGGCUACGCAAAAGGAGGGCGGCGAGUGGGAGAUUAUAGGUGAUGAGUUCCCAGGUACGACAGAGACGGCGUGGACGCGCGAGCUGCCGGCCUGCGUGGAAGUGGCGCAGGAAGCCGAAGAGCGUCUCCUGGACAGUGACAUUUCAGCCGAGCACUCGUCGCUACUGCCCAACCCGCCCCAACUCCCACGGCAGCUCGAGAAGGUCAUCCUCAAUGCUGCGGUGACCAGUGACCAAGUCCAGCUCAAUGCAGCCGCCGCACUGGUCGAUGAUAACAGUGUUCUUCCAGCGCCGAAUCAUGCCGUACUGAACCAUCUGGCCACGGGCUCCAUUAAGAAUGGCGUCCUCGCUAUGGGCAUGGUCACACGGUACAAGAACAAGUAUGUGACGACUGUCCUGUAUCGCCCCGUGCAGACGUAA